AUGAGUGUGGGAUUUGGAUUUGGAGCGAGCAUUUGUAAACAUUUCUAUUCGCGAAGAAGUUUAAACAUGGUCAUAAAAGCGGCUCUAAUUGAUUUAAGUGGCACUCUGCAUAUAGAAAAUGAGCCGACUGCGGAUGCUGUAAACGCAUUAAAAAGGUUGCGCGAUACGGAUAUUCAGAUAAAAUUUGUAACUAACACUACAAAGGAAUCUAGAAAAACACUUCAUGAGCGUUUACGAAAAAUUGGAUUUGAAUUGGAAGCACAUGAAAUUUUUAGUUCAUUGAGUGCUGCUGCAAAUUACGUUGAGAAGGAGAAACUUAACCCACUGUACUUGUUAAGUGAAGACGCAAAAUCAGAUUUUCGUGCCUCAGAUCCAAAUCUUGAAUUGGAUUCAGUGGUAGUUGGAUUAGCUCCAAGUGAAUUCUACUAUGAAAAUUUGAAUAAAGCGUUUAAUUUACUUAUGGCCAAUAAGAAUAACCGACUUGUAGCCAUACACCAAGGUAAAUACUACAAAAGAGCCGAUGGUCUAGCCUUAGGUCCAGGAGCGUUUGUUAAAGGGUUGGAAUAUGCAGCGGCAGUAAAUUCUAUACUGAUAGGAAAACCCAAUGAAUAUUUUUUUAAAAGCGCCAUACCUGAGGGUAUAUGUCCGGAAGAAUGUGUUAUGAUCGGAGAUGAUCCGAUUGACGACAUUGCUGGUGCAAUGAAGAUAGGGCUCAUAGGAAUUCAAGUAAAAACAGGAAAAUAUUUACCAAACAUUAUAGUUCCGGAGCAACCAACAGUCAUAGUAGAAAACUUUUCAAAAGCAGUGGACUGGAUAAUAAAGACUAAUUUAAAUUAAAUUAAAAAUGCAAACAAACUCGAUACAAUUUAUUACGUAUAUUAUAUAUAAAAUUUAAUUACUAAAAUUUUAGUUUAGGGUUUUAAUUCCAAUAGUUAAAAUUAGUUAUUUUGCUUUGUUUUUAUAAUUCAGUAAUAUAUUUACAUAUAUUAAGGGUAAUAUUAAGGUUGACACGAAGGUCGCACAUACCCAUCAAAUAGGGAACAUUAGAGACCCUUUGAAAUAUGUAUAUUUUACAUAUAUAAAUUAGUAGCGUAACGUGCUGAGUUUUUUUUUAGCCGUGAUACGCGAACUAGUCAUGGAAAAUUUGUUCACCUGCUUUUCUCAAGGAAAUGCUCAUUUCCCGGAAUUUCCGAUAUUGGAUCAUUGUGGGCUAUAGCUGCAAUACAAACUGAUCGAUCAUCCAUCCAAACUCACCAUUUUAAUCUAAAACUUGUUUAUUUGAUGCAUAUUAUUUAUCGAUACAUUCUUCGAACAAUCCUUCAGAUCGGAACCAUAACAUGUAGCUGAUAUUCAAACUGAUCGAUCAAAAUCAAGAUAAAUCUAUUUAUUUUUUAUUAAGUAUCCCCGAUUCGACUUGAAGUGUGUUUGUACCUAAAAAUGUUGCUAGAAAAAAACUAGAAACCCCUUUCUUUUUGAUGCAAACCGUUGUCCGGCUACGUUGUCCUACCGAGGGCUUUUAUUUUUAAGGGUGAGAUCCCUUUUUGAAUAGGGGCUGGAUGAUCAUGUAUUUGCUUUAUAUCCAUGUUUAUAAUUCGUUUACUAUAACCAAUUACAUGAAAAACUACAUUUUUACUUUCGAAUGUUUGUAUAAGAAAGGCAUAUUUUUAUUAAAUGCAAAAGCCAAAAAAUAAAAUAUUUGAAAUAAAUUA